AUGAAAGCCCUCGUCAUCCAAGAGCUCGGGAAGGCUGCAGUUAUCGAUAUCGACGAGCCGAUGACUAGACCAGGCUACUGCAAAUUCAAGACCGUUGCUGUUGCUUUGAAUCCAAGUAAGAUUACUUCCAACCCUCGAAGUCUAGAGAGGAACUUGCUAAUUGUUCUUUGUACUGUACUCGUAGCUGAUUGGAGACAUAUUGAUAUCCUGUACGUUACGCACCAGUUAUGUUCGUACAAAUGCACGUUGUUGAGUUAUAGCCAGUGAGAUGAGUGCAUCGUAUCAAGACGCGGUUCUCCUGUUGGGUAUCUUGGUUGCCUUCUCUCCUUUUGUUUGAACAAAUACUUAUACUAUAGCUAACAACAAUCCCUGCAUUAAUAGUGGCCAGAAAGGUUCCCUUGUAGGUACGUUGAUUGAAAAGCCAUAAGAUCAUUCGGUAUGGAUUCAUACUAACAUCUGGUUCGUAGGUUGCGAUUACGCUGGCAUUGUUACAGAGAUCGGUCCAGGCUGCGAAAGCGACAUACAAGUCGGUGACAAAAUAUGGGGCACAUGCCAUGGUGCCAAUAACGUAUGUAAGACCGCUACGUACCUUUAAUAACUAUACUGAUGUUCCUUCUACAGAGCAACCCGCAAGACGGAGCUUUCGCAGAGUUGAUCUCUCAACGAGACGAUAUUUGCGGCAAAAUUCCCAAGAAUAUGAGCUUUGAGCAGGCGUCAACUUUUGGGGUGGGAGUUAUAAGCAUCGGACAAGUACUUUACCAGUCUUUUGGAUUCCCUUUGCUUCCUGAGCAGGUAUUCAACCCAGUUACAUUACUCGUAUCUGGCGGCAGCACAGCAACUGGGAUGCUUGCGAUUCAAUUUGCGAAACUGUAAGGUAUCUAUCUGCCUUAAAUUCUUUUGAUUGAGCUAAAUGAUGAAGCUCUGGUAUCACCGUCCUCGCCACGGCAAGCCCACGCAACUUUGACUUCGUCAAGUCCCUCGGUGCUGAUCAAGUAUUUGAUUAUAACACGGAAUCAUGCGGGGAAGAAAUUCGGGCUUACACCAAUAACAAACUCCAGUACGUAUUCGAUGCGGUAUCCAACGAAUCCACCUUCAAUCUUUGUGCCGCAGCACUUUCCAGCAAUUCCGCGCCAGCAUUACACUUCACGGGACUUCUACCCACCGACACAUUUCCUCGCAAAGAUGUCAUUGUCCAGAACACGUUGGCGUACACCGCGGGUGGUGAGAGAUUUUUCAAGUUUGGCAUAACCAUUCCUGCCAUUCCUGCAGAUUACGAAUUCGCAAAGGUCUUUCUGCGACUUAGUACCGAACUUAUUGAUAGUGGGAAAAUCAAACCUCCGAUUGAAGUAGGUACUGGUGGUCUUUAUGGGGUCAUCGAUGGGUAAGUAGCUCGUAUGUAUAUGUUAUCCAAUUUGCUUACCGAAAAAUAGACUCCAACUUCUGCGAGAAGAAAAAGUGAGUGCUAAGAAACUGGUGUAUUUAGUUGCAGAUACUGAUAAUAGCACUUGAAAUUUGGGAUGCUAUGCUAGGCUUACG